AUGCGGAGCGUGGUGGUGGACGACGCGAUGAGACGACGCGGGCACGGCGCGGCGCUCGUGCGACGAGCGACGGCGCUCGCGCUCGCGGAGUGGGACGUCGUCACGGUGUGGUGCGAAAAGGGAUUGGUGAAGUUUUAUGAGAGCUGUGGGUACGUGUACGAGCCGGCGAAGGGGCGAAGGUACGCGGAAGACGACGAGGCGGUGCUGCGAGCGACGCGCGAUUCGGUUAGAGACGCUCGCGGGAUAUCUACCGGUGGGUGA